AUGGCGUUAUUCAACGGCGACAGCAGCAGUAAGAUCCUCAAUCUUAUCCCACAGCUUCUCGCCUUCCCCGUUGUUUUCCUCUUUCUCAGACGUACAUACAAACUGGUGCGCAACUACAUUGAAGCCCGAAAACUCGGGAUUCCCAUCCUGGUGAUACCUGUGUCCUGGCACGAUCGAGAAUGGCUUCUCGUUCGACAUCUGUUCAAAUGGAUCGACUCCAUCCCGGUGCUGGGAUACUGGUACCGGUAUAGCUAUAUCGGAUGGCCGUUGCGCCUUCGGUUCAAACCCCACGAGAAAUACGGGGACGCGUUCGCCAUCGUCGCACCCAACGGCGUACUCAUCCAGGUCAACGACCCACAGGCCGGCACCGUCUUGCAGCGAGACUACAAGACCUGGACAAAACCGGCCAGCCUGUACGACAUAUUCGACCUGUACGGGAAGAACGUGGUCAGCGUCAACGGCGAAGACUGGCAGCGUCACCGACGCAUCGUGAACCCAGCGUUCCGCGAACAGAACUACAAGAUGGUCUGGGAAGAGUCGUUGCGGCAGGCGGAUCAGAUGCUCGACCUCCGAACGGGGUCCACGGACGGCGGCAAGGUGACCUUGGCAGAUAUAUACACUGAUUUCCACCUCCUGGCCGUGCACGUCCUUUCCGCCGCAGAGCUCGGCCGUCUGCAUGACUUCUCGAGCGGUCUCCAAGAGGUUCCCGAGGGCAAGACCAAGAGUUUCUCGGGCACGUUGAACUUUAUGCUCAUGAACAUAAUCCCCGUCGUGGUGUUUGGGAAGAUGAAGCUGCCUCACUUCCUCACCUGGUCUAAAUUCCGCGAGACCCAGGCCGCCAUCAGGGACCUAGGAGAGUACCUCGCCGAGACGAUCGCGUAUACUCGGGCCACGACGCAGAGCGGAGGAGGCGGGCGACAUGCCGACAUUGCCAGUGCGCUCAUCGAAGCCGACGAGGCAGCAAAAAGGGACGAUCAACAACAUGCUGGCAAGUCCCUCGGUGGUGGUGGUGGUGGCGGCAAAAGACAGAACUACCUGAGCGACACGGAGCUCCUGGGGAACCUGUACGCCUUCAAUGUGGCUGGGUUCGACACUACGGCGGGCACUCUGUGCUACGCAAUUCCCUUUCUUGCCGUCAACUCGCACAUACAAGAGUGGGUCGGCGAAGAGAUCGACGCGGUUUUCGGCUCGACUCCGCCGUUGUCGUCUGAUUAUGAAUCUACUUUUCCACGAUUGACGAGAUGUCUGGCCAUCAUGGUAUUAAGGCAACAACCACUCACGUUCUCUUUCUUUUCUCUCAUACAAUACGAAACACUCCGUCUCUGGGGUCCGCUUCCUGAAAUGUCCCGCUUCGCCGGCGGCGAGGGCCAACGCCUCCGCGUCGGCGACAGGGACCUCUUCGUCCCCAAGGGCGUCUACGUGUCGACCAACUUUUUCGGCAUCCACACCGACCCUCGGCACUGGGGAGCGACGAGCCUGGAAUGGAAGCCGGAGCGGUGGAUCGUCAAAGACCCCGAGACGGGCGUGGAGAGCAUCAGGACCCCGACGGGCGGCACCUUCCUGGGCUGGAGUUACGGGCCUCGCGUCUGUCCGGGCAAGAAGUUCAGCCAGGUCGAGUUCGCGGCGGUUCUGGUGACGUUGCUCCACAGGUUCAGGUUGAAGCCGUGGGCCAUUCCGGAGAGGGGCAUGGAGAGCGAGGAUGACGCCCGCGACGCCCUGAUGCACGCCGUCGACGACUCGCAGUUCGCUUUCACCACCAAGAUGGCGUCUCCGGAGAAGGCAGGUGUGGUGAUUGUCCCUAGAUGA